CAAACUAAAAUAUAAAAAUUGCAAAAGAAUUAGCAUAAGACAAAAAAAAUCUCCCCCCUCCCCUAGGAAGCUCGCAAUCUUCAAAUUGAAAGUGAGGGAUGAAUACACAACUUGUAUUUUCUCUAGCUAAAAGGUGACUUUAUCUCUGGACUUCCAUUCGUAACUUCAGUUUUGCAUAUAAAAAUUACCGAAAAAAUUUCUCAUCUUUUGUUAACUACGUAUUAUCUCGUUCUGUUUCUCCCAAAAUACAUAAAUUCGAACUCGACUACAGUUAUUGCGAUGUUGAAAGCCGAUCGCAAAUCACCGAAUGGGUUAAUUUUGCUUGCUACUAGAAAAGUGGAACAUCUUCUACUAGAUUUAAUCAAUUCACCUUUUCCAUUGACUCAAUCAUUCUGUGAAUGUUCGUCAUUGAUAACAUUAGCAAUGGUUUUGGGUCGUUUCAACUUUGACAACACAGUCAUAGCAUGGAAGUCUCUAUAGAGCCUAAAAUUGGGGAAUUUUUUGAUAGAUGAGUACAAAAUUGGAAAAAUAUUGUCAGGAUGUCCUGUAUUGGAAAAGAUAUGGAAUUUUUUUGAUUUAGUUGUGCUUAAUGGUCCUCUUCGCUUGGAAUUAACGUCUUCAAAGUUAAAGACACUGAAGCUGAAUGGUCAAUGGUUGAUUAAUAACGGAAGUCUUCGUUGUGUGGAAAUUUUUGCCCCGCAUAUUCAGCAUUUGGAAAUUUCAGGAGGUCUUUUUAUGAUCUCAAGUGUAUUCUCCUAGAUGUGUCUGCUGUGGUUACUGCGAAGCUUACUUUCAGCGAUGAUUAUGGUCUACAUUUUGAUCCUGAGGAAGACAGUUGUAGUGACUAUCAUCAAUUCUUUUAGGUCCCUCUCCUGCUGUUACCUUCGAACGUUCCAUAAUGUUAAAGGAGCUAACAAUUGGAACUUGGUUCACAGAGGUUUGUUUUUAUCUCAGACUACUUUUCCUUGGACAGUUGAGAAUUAACCUUUAUACAAAUUUCACAAACUCAACUGGAUUUGUUGCAGAAACUUGUGGCUUUUUUGUCAACUUUAGAAUGUCGGGUAUUUUUUUUUGUCAUAUCUGCCAUACAUGUAUCUGAAAACACGGAUUCUUCUGUGUCGGUUGUUGCUUAAGUGUUUAGAUGAAUAGGUUCGCUACUUUAAGAUAAUAGAAAAAAGUGGAUAUCAGGCUCUUCUUUGGGUGCGGUAUAAAUGAGUUGAGACUUAUGUAAAAUCACACCGAGAUGAUGAUCUAAUCCGAAUAAGUUUUGCUUGAGGCUCAGAUAACUCAUCCAAUGCUUUGAGCUCCUUUGCAGGAGAUGAACUGGUUUAGCUCAUAGAGUCGAAGCAAAAUGUUUGGUUGUGCCAAUUUUUGUAUUUGACUUUGUUUCUUGUAUUUUACCCACAGUUUCUUGUAUAAAGAAGUCUGCUGAUUACUUUCGUGUUGCAUAUACCGUUAAAGAAAUUCAAUAGAUAUGUCACAUAACUUAUGUUGCCAUGGAGUACUUCCGUUUUAUACUUAUUUCUUUCUCCAUUCUUUAUAUUACUAGUUUCAUUGCAACAGGUUCUGUGCAUGUUGCUGUUCAAAGGGACUGUACUUCCAGAAAUGAAAUGCAAAUAUCUGACGCUGGAGUUGCAUGUGAAGAGGUUUAAUUUGUAUGGUGUAGCUGGUAUUCUGCGAGCUUCAAGUCAUGUAGAGACACUCAACAUAAAUCUAUAUACGGAGGCACUAGACAGAGAGGGACGCGACAUAGAUAUAUCAACAAAAUCUCUUGAAGAUACCCACUGCCACUUUGAGUUAUCAGAUUUGGUCAAAGGAGAUGAUAUUGGUUUGCAAAAUUCGAUUUUAAAGUUUGGGUUUCCCAACCUCAAGAAUGUUAGGAUUAUCAACACCCCCGGAGAGCGGUGCUUUAAGAAUCAUUUCAAACAGGGCUUUGACAAGCUUUUGAAACUUUCAGAAUUUCUGUUAAAGAAUGCUACAGUUUUGGAGAAGUUUGUGGUAUCAAAGGGAAUAACGUGCAAGAUAUUAUGUUCAACCAACUGCGUGUCCACAUUUUUAUCUCAAUUGGCUGAGAAAUUGUUUUGUUGCCCAAAAUCCUCAACGAAUUGUGUGAUUAUCUACUGACAGUGAGCUUGUGAUGAUGAUUAGACUGCAAGUAGUUUCCAUAGGAUACACGAGACGUUGCCUUAUAUUGAGUUUUUAGUGAAAUACUCAUGCAAUCAUGAUACUUGUAACUUGUCUAUGCAACGAAUUACUUAUCUUGUGGCAUACCAAAUGUUUCGAUGGUACAUUUGUUGCAACUCUUGUUUUUCUCGACCUGAUAAGAUGAGCAGUAAUCCACAUAUUUUUAAUAUGAUGUAGCAUCGAAGUCUAUGAUUGUGUAAUGGUGUUCUCAUUUUGACGAUGAGGCCUGCAUUUGGUUACAUCAGGUAAUUUUUAGCAGGUAUGCUCGAGGCUUUCAGUUCUGAUGAAUCGUUAAGUCAUAAGAAGAAGAUAUCUUUGUUUGAUUCGCCUGUAAUAUCUCUUCUUCAGGCAAAAUUUAGACAAGAGAUCGUAGUCUAACGGAUGAUAUUCUUGGGA